UAUCAAAAAGUUUCAACCAAGACAUAAAUACAAUAGCUGUAUCACUUUUAAUUAAUUUCUUUAUUUAGUUCGAGAAUAAAUAGUCGAAAUUCUAAUGGCGGUAUCUAUGUGAUUGUUAACAGCUGACAAAAACUGUGUUGUUAUGCCGAAAUUAGUUUAUCCUCUUAGACCUUGGUUAAUCCAAUACAUCUUAAACGACCAAACUCUUAAACAUGCUAAGACUUUACAAGUACUUAAGCAUUGUGAUGGCCCACUGGAUGAUGGCACCAUGGUUAAGAUUGUCGGAGAUGGAGAAGUUAUUAUGAGAGCCAAUUUUCCUGAGUCUUCUUUUGAAAGCCUUGAAGAAACUGAACGGGCAUGCUGGGAACGAUCCCUUAUAAGAGUCACUGAUUGGGAUAUUAAACUAACGUUAGCGGAUACUAAAGAGAAAUCAGAUUAUAUAAUCACAAUAAAAGUUUUUGAUGUUUGGAACAAUGAAGAAGGAUACUGGCCUAAAUACCGGCUGACGCCAUGUAAAUUCGACCUCAGAAUUGCGAAAAAGAUUUCAGAAUUAUGGGAAGAAGCAGAAAGUGCCAUGCUUUUUCGUGCGAAUUCUGAGAAUAUUGAGGAAGAAACUGACAAUGAGGAGGAAGAAAUUGAGAAUGAGGAAGAAGAAAUUGACAGUGAGGAGGAAGAAUCUGAGGGGAACUUGACUUUGUUGCUGAAAGCAAUGGGAGAAGAGUGUUUGUCAUCGACAGAAGAUCCAGUAGAAGCAGACACGUUACUCAAUUGCGAUUUACUCAAGAAUGUUUCCUUUGAAAUCUUACAAAAUACAAUAACAACAUUAUGUAGUGAAGAUUUUGUGAUCAAGCCUGAAGAAAACAAGAUAUUAGAAGAAAUUCCUGAAUGGCACCAAAAUUCAGUUCUGUCUGCAAGUUCAGUAUCCCAAAUCAUUAGCUCCCAUUCAAAACAUAUCGAUGACCAUGACAACGAACUACAGCAAACCACUACAGUGAACAAUAGAGAACCAUGUGACAACAGUAUUGUUCCACAACCAAAUGCAUCAUCAUCAUCAGAUGAAAUAAUUCCAGGAAAUCCUUCAGUCAUUUUAAAUCAAAAUGAAACCAAUCCUGAAGAGGAAGCCCAACAACAAACUAUUUCACAGGCUGAUGAAACAAUGGCUUCUAAUUUGUGUCUACCUCAUGAACAUCAGUCAGAAAAUAAUUUGGUAGCUGAAGAUGUCUUACUUCCAUCCCAGAGCAAUCCAAGAAUAACAUCACACUCAAGUGACAGUGAUAUUGAAGAAGAAACACGACUCCAUAACCUUGCUCUUCCCUCAGAUGAGGCAGCUGACCAGUGUGAUAUCCAACCAGCUAAUCAGUAUGAAAAUGACCACAAUGUAAAUGAACCUCUAUGUUCACAGGAUACUGUUUUAACAGUCACCAGUACCGCUAAUGACGAAUAUGGAUUUAGCUCAUCAUUCGAUCAUUUUGAAAAUGAUCUAAAAAGAAAUGUAUUAAAAAUCAGCGAUUGUGAUAGCAGCCAAGAAUCAAAUAGCAAUAACAAAAGAAAAUGUGUAGCACCAUCUUUUCUUGUUACAUCAACAGCUCAUGAAAGUUGUCAACUGUCUCCACCGAAUGAGCCGGCUUUAUCUGAAAUUAGUGUCUUCAACUAUAAUGCUGAUUCCAACCUUCCUGUACCACAAGGCUAUUCUAGUGAUGACAAUGAUUCUAACUCUGUAAAUUUGAAUUCAAAUGAAGUUGUUACUUCUACUGCAAAAGUGCUACACAAGCCUGAAUUAAGAAACACACAUCAUUCGAACAAUAAUUCCAACAAAAGAACGUUUUCUACAUAUCAAAUAGAUUCUCUAGACAAUCAAUCACAUGGAAAUAGUUGCCAGUUUAAUGAUUUAACAUAUGCAAGUCCUUCAAAAAGAAAACACAUUGAAGCACAAUAUAUCACAGAUGAAAGUAAAUUAGAUGCUCUACAUAAAUUAAAAUCUCUACUGAAAAUACCUCUAAUCACAGCAGAUCAAAAAACAACCACUAAUUGGUCACUACCUGAGAACAUUUUGACAAAAAUUAACACAUAUUGGUCUAACAACACAUCACAUCAUUCAAUUCAAUGAUCGAGAUUUAUUUUAUAUUUAAUAUAAUUUGGUUAUAUUUUCAUUAAGCCAAUUAAGAUAAAUGAAUUUAUUGAACUUUAAA